AUGAAGGAAGAAAAUUUGAAGCCAUCUUGUCUUACAUACAGGAUCCUCAUAGCUCUAAAAUGUGAGUUGAAGGACACGGUGGGGAUGGAGCAGGAGAUUGAGGCUAUGAAGUGUCAAGGUCUGCAACUUGAUAUUCAUGUCCUGACAAUCGUUGCUGGUCACUUUGUAUCUAAAGGGCUGAAAGAUAAAGCACUAGUUAUUGUGAAUGAAAUUGAAAGAGGAAACAUAAAAACCAUAAUUGGUGGAAGGACGACGCUACUGUGCCUCUAUGCUUCUCUUGGAAUGGCUGAUGAUGCGAGUAGAAUUUGGACUGUUUGUAAAUUGGACCCCACUAUGAAUGAGUGCCUUGCUGCCAUAGCAGCUUGGGGCAAGUUGGGCAAAGUUGAAGAGGCUAAAGCAGUUUUUGAAAUGAUGCUGGAAAAGUGGAAGAAACUCCCAUCCAACAUUUAUGCUGAUCUUUUAAAUGUUUAUGUUCAGAAUAACAUGAUAUUUGAGGGCAAGAAGUUUCUAGACUGA